GCUGGGUCAUUAGCAAGAAAUGAUUCUCAUUUCCAUCAAAAUUCAGGGCCAAAGCGUGUGUGUGUGUGUGACCCCAAAGACAUUGAAUUAUUCGUCCCCAAAGUUAAAGCAGCUCGUUAACGAAAGGAGCUAUACACAACCCAACGUGGUGUUUAGUUUAUUCCACUUCAGCAGGUGUACGCACACAGUGUAAAUACUACGUAUAUGUAUAUAUUUCUUUUAAGAGGGAACAUAGUGGACUCUCUCUAUUUGUAUUUGGGAUGGCCGCGGUUGCGCAGAAGGAUCGAAAUCGAAAAUAGGAAGCAACGAGGUUUCACACUAUCACGUGAAACCCAUCGGGUCAACGUCGAGGAGUCGCAUCUUGUUUUGUUUGUUUUUUACAAACAGUCACGCAUAUACCAGCAAGCGAUCCAGUUGUGCACGUCCCGGCUUCUCAACGUCUUUGGUGUUUUGAUCCUUUUAAACCAAAUAUUUAUAGGGCGUAGUGCGCAUAUUGUUGGGUUAAGAAAAAACUAAAACGCCCGCGUGAGUGUCGAUCGAAUAAUAACGUUAUGGACAGAGAUUGUUCAGCUUACUUUCGUCUUGAAACUGUUUGAGAUCAGCAACACCUCAGCUGAUUGGACUCCGGCGGCUUGUCUACCUGGAUGAUUGGCUGCUAUGUGUUUGACCCGUUUCACGAACUACAACGGCCAAUCGGAACUCGAAUCCCUUCUGGUUUAAUAGAGGAAGUGUUGCUGAUGAGCUCCUCCAUUCACCAAUCACACGAAAAACGACGACUUGUGUGCGUGAAAGACACGUACAUUAAUCAGCAAAUGGAUUCGUCAAUGGCAGCCAAUCAGCCCCUAAUCGAAGGCAGCAAUUUCGGUUCAGGCACGUGCGACGGCCGAUCGUUUCGCCGACACAAUUGUCAUUUGACUGCAUUCGUUCUCAACGAUCGCCAAGCUGCCGUUGUCGCCGCCGUUUACACAAUAUGUGCGUCUUCAAUCACCUUCUUCGGCUACUGUUUUUUGGCCGUCGCUACUUCUUAUCAAGCCAAACAUAUGGCCGACGUGUACUGGGGAGUGCAAGCGUCCUACGCGGCCGUCAUGAUGGCCGAACUAACUUCGCUAUGUCUUUCCACCACUCUGUUGAUCGCCAUUUAUCAGUCUACUAAGGAAAAUUGCUCGCUGAUGGUUCCGUGGGUGUUGGGCUUCAUAGGCUCCAUUUCCUUAGAGGCGCUAGCCAUAGUCUAUUCAAAUGUUCUUCGUGACCAUAUCAAUCAGGGUUUUGAUCAGCUGUGUCACUUUGAAGUAGGCGUCUUCCUAUCAAAGACUUUCAUCAACAUUAUCGUCAUUGGCGCUGUAGUACGCCUCUAUCGACAGUUAAAGGACGGUGUCACAUGGAGAGUCAACGACAUUUACGAAUUGUAACCGCGGUACCUAUGGCUUUACGGCUUCGACUUUUUACCCAUCGUUGGAUCGCCAUUUUCAUAUUCUUGUACAUUUUCCGAAUUGAAUGUAAUUAAAACGAUUUACUAUACAAUUCUCGCUAUAUAUAUCCGGCCAGUCUUUUGCUAUAUACACGACGCCCAGCAGCUUUCCGAUCAUUUGACGUAAUCGAACCAAAUAUACCGGCAUGUAAAACA